AUGGUCCUGCCAACCAGCCUCGCCGCAUCCAUCGCGAAUAUCAAUGCUGCUUAUGGCGUCUCCCCGGCCCCCUUUUCUCUUAAAGUCUCGCCCAGAUUCGAGUUGGAAACUCGCCAAAAGUUGGCGAUGACUCGUUUUACAGACGAUAUCGGCUUGCCGCUCGCUGCUGAUGGGCCUACGACCCAUAAUCAGACCACGGUUCGAGAUUAUUGGCUGUAUGGGUAUAAAUGGAAGAAGGCCCAAGAAAAAAUUAAUAGCUUUUUUACUCAAUAUACCACGACUGUUCAAACCCGGGAUUCGAACUACACAGAUCCUAUCCCAUUACAUUUCGUCCACCAUCGCUCACCACGACGGGACGCCAUUCCACUGUUGUUCAUCCAUGGCUAUCCAGGAUCCUUCUUGGAGGUUGGACCCAUCAUCAACUCGCUGACUCACCCUCCAAACUCGUCUGUCCCAGCCUUUCACGUUGUCGCCCCGUCGAUUCCUGGUUAUGGCUUCUCACCAGCACCUGUAAAACCCGGGUUUGGUCCUCGCGAAGCAGGUCGCGCAUUUAAUGCCCUCAUGCAUCAGCUCAACUACACACAGUAUGUGAUUCAAGGGGGGGAUUUGGGGGGCAUCAUUCUUCGCUAUCAAGCCAAUUCAUACCCCGAAUCCGUCGUCUCUGUUCUUGACAACUUCUGGACUCAAGAGCCUACAGCGGACGACUGGGCCCGUUUUAAUCAGAAACAAACCACGGCCGAGGAAACCGCAUAUCUCAACGGCGUGAAAGGAUUUCAGACCUAUGCUUCUGGAUAUGUUGCCAUUCAAUCGACACGACCUCUACAGCUUGCAAUUGCAUUGACAGACAGUCCCAUUGGCUUUGCCAUGUGGAUCUAUGACUUUAUGGCAGCCCAUGGUGUUCACCCCUGGAGCCUGGAAGAAAUCGUCACCUGGUCUAUGAUGUACCUGAUUCAAGGACCUUAUAAUGGAUUACGCUUCUACAAGGAGUUUCAGAUAGAAGGCGCAAUUGACGGCCCUGGUUUUGGCACCUUCCCCUACGUGCCUGUUCCCGUGGGUGUUACGCAGCGGACGCAGGACCUCGGCUGGAGUCUUCCCCUGGACUGGGCGAAGCGAGGUGGCAAUGUCACGGCCUUGUAUCGGCACGAGUUAGUGGGAGGUCAUUUUCCCGCAUACCAGACACCGGACAGCCUUGCGGAGGAUAUUUGGGAUUUCUUUGGCAAUCACAGUAUUUCUGGUACAGGUAUCUUCAAGGGCAAAGUUUUCUAA